GCUUGCGUCAGCAGCGCGCGACUCGGGGGCUCCCAGCUCGGGAUUCCGAGCUUCUUUGCAGCAUGUCGGUCAUCUUCGCUCCUGACUGGCUACGCGGCAAGGCCAAGGUCAACCAGGAGACUAUCCAGCGGCUCCUGGAGGAGAAUGACCAGCUGAUCCGCUGUAUCGUGGAGUAUCAGAACAAGGGCCGAGCGAACGAGUGCGUCCAGUAUCAGCAUGUGUUACAUAGAAAUCUCAUUUAUUUAGCUACCAUCGCAGAUGCCAACGCAAGCAGUCUUACAAAGGCGGUGGAGUAAUUUUCCAGGAGGCUGCAAUGAGGAGUGACUACAUGGAAGCCAUCUCCUGGGAAAUAGCUGCUCAGAACAUGGGCAAAAAGUCCCAUUCAUUUUAGACUGUGAGGAACUUGCUGCCAACUCUACUAUAUUCUUACUGUAAAUAUGUUAGUAAUAAAACAGAUCUCAUGGUAGAACUGUGAGGACCUGAGGUGUAUGACGGCAGUGCCAUUAUCAUUGUCAACAAUAGUGUUUAUCUGAUAACACAUAAUAAUAAAUGAUGCGUGCCUCUCCUCAGUGUCCCACAUCCACUAAUACCAUCCUCACACAGCCCUGUCAUCUCCUUUCCUUCACUUCUUUCCUUCUCGAUUAUAAACAAAGUCUCUGUUCAGGAAGAGAGGCUGAAGCAAAGGGUGCAUUCAAUGCUGAGAGGCAAAAAGAAAGAAAAAGUAACCAUCAGUCCUUGGCACACCUGAGAGGUGGAGGCAGGAUGUCAGGGUCAACCUGGACUACAUGAGACACAGAAAAAGAAAAAUGUUUUUGUUAGCAUAUACAUUAUAGGCUUAAUGACAUGGUCACACAUGUAUAUAAUGUAUCUGAUCAUAUGCAGUCGCAUUGCUCUCUUGUUCCCUUCCUGCUUGAAAGCUUGAUAAACAACAUGGAUGCAAUUUAAAGAUACUUUGCUUUUAUACUGUGAAACCAGCCAGCCAUAAAGGAUGGACACCAUA